CUUGAAGUCAAUACUACUAGCCGCUGCCUCCGACUCGGAAGCAGACACUGUGCAGCAGCAAAAUACACGCAACAACCCCGAGUCCCUGCAGGGUUCCGAGUCGUGGCUCUGAAUGAACAAGCGGGAGUCCGAGGUUAUCGGUCCUUAAGUUAUUGCAUUUACUCCGAUGGUCCCCACCCAGCUAGUUCUCGUACCACUAUGUACGCGAUACCUUGUUCGUUUCCAUCAUUAUUAGAGCUUGAAGUCAAUACGCUAUUGCUUGGUCUGACGGCGGUGCUGGUGGUGGUACUGUGUUUCAAGGUAACCCCCGCAUGCGUCAUGGCUCUCUCCUCUACCAUCAUCCCGAAGCCUGCGCCCGAAGCUGACUCUGACGCUGAGAAAUGCUUACGGGACAUACCAACACAUGUGCUCAAGCGUCUCACCCCAAAGUCUAGAGCAUGCAUCGAACGUCUGAGGACGUGUCAAUUAGACAGACCUGACCUCUCCCGGCAACCAACGUGCAAACUCGCAGCUGUACUUGUUCUGCUGUAUGAGCAGGCUGGAGAGCUCAGGGUGCUAUUGACCACACGGUCCAAGUUAUUGCGUGCCCACCCAGGGCAGACAGCGUUACCCGGCGGGAAAGCAGACGAGGAAGAUGAGAGUUUGGUCUGGACUGCUCUUCGCGAAGCAAAUGAAGAAGUCGGCCUCCCUCUCCCACCCAAAUCUUCUAACAUACACUUUGUCACAACCCUCCCGCCCUUCCUCUCCGCAUCGCAGUUGUUGGUGACGCCCGUGGUCGUACUUUUAUCAUCCCUUUCUUCGCCGCCCACACCUUCGUCAUCGUCAUCCUCGGUCUCGGAUGGCGCCUCAAAUGCAAGCCCCAAUGUCCCACCCAGCUCUUCCUCCCAUCCAAUCCUCAAGUCCCUAACUCCCUCCAUCACAGAAGUCGACCGGAUAUUCGAUCACCCGCUCGAGGCGAUACUGGACCCUCACCUCUUGUCGAACAAGGGAGAAUCCCUCGUGGACGAGGGAGAGGACUGGCCAUACAGUGCUGAGGAGGUGUAUAAUACAUCCGACGUGCGCCUUAAAGCAUUCGAUGGAGUCAUCUAUAGGAUGCAUCGUUUCAGAACAUGCGCAUCUCCUAUCAAGGGGCUGACAGCUGAUAUUUUGAUCUCCGUCUCUGAACUCGCAUACGGGCGGAAGCCCAUCUAUGGACGGUACCCACCCGAUUCUCAGUCAGAACCUCAAGACGGGAAAAGAGAUGGGGGAGCAUAUGGGGCAUUAGUGAGGAGGCACAUAGAAGAGAACGAGAGAGUUGUGGCUGCUCUUGAAGAACGCGGGCAAUGAUAUUGACUGGAAGGCAGAUUGUUACCGGGAGCGCACUUCCGGCAGGUGCAUGAUCUCUCUGUGAUAGACUAGGGUGCCACGGCCCACCAUACAUUAGUAGAACGUCAUCGGUUUGGUAUUAUAUACACUGUGUACAGUGUACAUGUCGAAUAAAAAAAAGUUUCCAGACUUACGAUAGUAUAUAAUACAUUAUGGGCCAACAAGUUGGCAGACGGCGAUAAAAAUUGAUUGUUAUUAAAAGC